UUAUUCGAAUUCCUCUCCAUGGAUGAAGCAGUAAGUCCGAGGCAGAGAGCGACAAUGAUAAACCGUCUUCACUCUCCGACCACUGCCUUUUUUUUGCGCUCCAAUGAUGACAAACUCGAACGCGCACAGGCACGCGCAGCCGCACGCGCCGCUGCAAUCCGCCCAACAGCCCCCGUAACCAAUCCUCCUUCACCGCCUUCCGAUUAUUGUCUCAGCAAACAGCAAAUCAUCGACUUGUUCCAGAACUGCAUUAAACUCGCCAGCGAAAAUAAAAUAAACCAGAAGAAUACUUGGGAGUUGAAGCUUAUUGAUCAUCUUAGUGAUAUCAUCAAAGUUGAUGCUACAGAAGCUGAUUCACAGACUAAUUUCCAAAGGGCAAGUUGCACUCUGGAAGCCGGCGUGAAAAUUUACUCUGUCAGAGUGGAUGCUGUGCAUGCUGAGGCCUAUAAGGUCCUAAGUGGGAUCAAUCGAGUAGGGCAAGAAGAUAUCUCACCACUGUCACCACUGGAGUGCUCGUUUGAAGCUCUUAGUGCAAAGAAGUUUGAGGUUGCAUUUCUAGCAGAUCCUUUAUAUCAACAAACAUCUGCACAAUUUGAUGAAAGUGGGGUAAAAGGCCUUCCAUUGAAUAAUCUUGGAGUAUAUCAAGGUUGUAGGGUACUCUUUGAUUCUUUUGAAGUGCCUGGGAAGUGCAAAUCGUGUUCUGUUCAAAAUAACUCCUUGGAUAUGAUUGAUAUCUCAUUUGCAGAAGCCGUUGAAAUUGGUCUAUUUACAGAAUGUGUUGAGACUCAGAACAUGGUGAUGAACAUGCAAACAAAGAAUGCAAUUUCCCCAACUCUCAGGGACAUUGUAUUCCAUUUCAGUAAAGAUAAUGAAAGAUUAGAGCAAACAUUCCAUGUAAGCGAGAAUUUUGAUAUCCUAGUAGAUGCAUUUGAUAAGGAAGCCAACCUGGGUAACAACUCAGUUGAGGACCAUGAAACCUGGACCUCUGAUCAUGAUGAAGUGUCAAGUGUUGUGAAUGAGACAUUCAGUUAUGGUCCUACAUUUCACGGCCUGCAUGAGGAGAAUUGUUCACAUGCAUCAUAUGAAGCCAAUCUUCAGGAGGAAUUUGAAGAUAUUGCUGCGGUGCUGUGUCAAGGGUUCCUGUUGUGGAAUACUUGGGCCAAAAGUAGAUUAGCUUCUGCUGCUAAGAGACCUAAGAACAAAAACAUGAUGGAUGUUGAUAUUGAUUUCGUGAAAUCCUUGGACAAUGAAAUGCCUGAUAUAUUUUCUCCCCCCAAAAAUCCUAAGUCUUUGAUGCUACCUGCAAAUAGAGCACUCUGUAGCAACACACUCCCAAAGACUGCCAUUACUGCGGGGAGAAUCUCGUCAAAUUAUUAUAGUUCAUGGCAACAAGACAAUGAUUUAGAAGAAGAGUUGCCAUCAUGGGAUGAUGAAAGUGGAGUUAGCAGCCAAUACAAUGAUGGAUAUAUUCACGAUGAUGUGAGAGAUUCUUAUGAAUUUGUGACUUAGCCUCACAAGGUUUGUUUUUGUUCUAUAAACCCUUCACCUUUGACUCUUUCUUUGUUAUUAAAACCAUUUAUUUCACCAUUCAGCAUUGUCUGUUCCUGUCAGCAUAUGGUCAUGAAAUAAGAUAGUUUUUCCUAU